GGAUGGUGAGUCAAAACGUAUGGAUAAUGAUUGAGUGAUGUUGGAAAAGGAUUUACGGCAAAAAAACAGAGGCAAAUUCGUUACCAGUUAAAAAAUGGCGGCUUUGCUCCAGACCGUCCAUGGUGGUAAACCCAAUUACCCAACUUGUAGACUCUUAUUCCUCAUUGAUUCUUUCGGUUUUGGGCAUUUGGGCAUAGAACGUGUGGUUGUUACCAGAACCUUGACUCUUGUUUAUCCUGCUACCUAUAUGUCCAGGCAUAUAGCUCUGAACCAUAUGACAAGCAACAGUAACAGUGGCUUGGGACGGUUUCUUUUCACUCCGCCUCAGCGGCUAAGCCAAGGUAUCUGUUACUUGGGAGUAGAGCUAAGCAAUGUGUCAUGGACUUACAGAACCAAAAUGGUGGUUCGGUGCAAGGCCGGAGCAGUGCCUCUGAUGAAGCAAGGCGACCGGUUUCUCUCCUCCCUGUCGUCCCCAGCCUUAGCUGGAGAUCCGUCAGUAGUGAACCGACACAUUAAGAAGUUUGUGGCUGCUUCUCCCAAAUCAGUGGCUCUCAAUGUCCUCUCUCAUCUCCUCUCUGAUCAAACUUCCCAUCCUCAUCUCUCCUUCUUUGCUCUCUCUUUGUAUUCGGAAAUUACCGAAGCAUCGUGGUUUGAUUGGAAUCCUAAACUCAUUGCUGAACUUGUUGCGUUGCUCAAUAAACAAGAAAGAUUUGUUGAAUCAGAAACUCUAAUUUCUACUGCAGUUUCAAGGCUGAAGUCAAAUGAACGAGACUUUGCUCUCUUCCUCUGCAAUCUGGUUGAUUCAAAUUCUAAACAAGGGUCUAUACAAGGAUUUGAUGAAGCCUGUUUUCGUUUGAGAGAGAUAAUCCGAAGAUCGUCAUCAGUUUAUGUUAAAACCCAAGCUUACAAGUCUAUGGUUGCUGGAUUAUGCAACAUGGAUAAACCUCAUGAUGCGGAAAGAGUUAUCGAGGAGAUGAGAGUGGAAAAGAUAAAGCCGGGAUCGUUUGAACAUAAGUCUGUUCUAUACGGGUAUGGAAGAUUGGGAUUGUUUGACGACAUGAACAGAAUAGUGCACAGAAUGGAAACAGAAGGUCACAAAAUCGACACUGUUUGUUCAAAUAUGGUUCUCUCUUCCUAUGGAGCUCAUGAUGCACUUCCCCAAAUGGGUUCUUGGUUACAGAAAUUGAAGGGUUUUAAUGUUCCUUUCUCCAUAAGGACGUAUAACUCGGUCUUGAAUUCUUGUCCUACCAUCAUAUCACUGUUGAAAGACUUGGAUAGCUGUCCGGUUUCUCUUUCUGAACUGCGUACUUUUCUGAAUGAGGACGAAGCGCUUCUGGUCCAUGAAUUGACUCAGUCAUCAGUUUUAGAUGAAGCAAUUGAGUGGAACGCGGUCGAGGGUAAGUUGGAUUUACAUGGUAUGCACUUGAGCUCAUCGUAUUUGAUAUUGCUGCAAUGGAUGGAUGAGAUCAGACUUAGAUUUAGCGAAGAAAAAUGUGUGAUUCCUGCCGAGAUAGUAGUUGUUUCUGGAUCCGGAAAGCACAGCAAUGUAAGAGGAGAGUCACCGGUAAAAGCGCUGGUUAAAAAGAUAAUGGUGCGUACUGGAAGCCCGAUGAGAAUUGACCGGAAGAAUGUUGGUAGUUUUAUUGCCAAGGGAAAAACUGUAAAAGAAUGGCUCUGCAAAUGAAGAUUUAUAACUGUAUAUUUUGAUCAUUAUCUGCUUAAGAUGGUGUUGAUUGGUGAUUCCGGUGUUGGUAAAUCGUACAUGUUGCCAAGAUUCACCAGGAAUAAGUUUUGCUUAGAAUCAAACUCGUGGUGUCAA